AGUAUCAGUUGACCAGUUGCAGCUUAAUCACUCCAGAUUCACCAUGAACGGACUAAUCCUCACUUUGGUGGUUGCCCUCGCCGGAGUUCAUGUGGCACGAGGUCAAGAGGUGGAACCUCCAGCGCCGAACUCGCCGUUCCAGGCCUCGUUGCGUUCCAUGCCGGCCCGGAACCACUUCUGCAGCGCCGUCAUCAUCUCGAACCAGUGGCUGCUGACGGCUGCCCACUGCGUCCAGGGUCGUACGGCGGCCAGCUUGAAGGUCGUGGUCGGAAGUUACACCUUGGAUCCGCAGGGAACCGAGUACGAAGUGGCGGAAUUUGUAAAGUACCCGUUGUUCAAUCCCAUUUACUACGAGCAUGAUAUCGCAUUGCUGCGGACCGCCACCCCGAUUGCGAUGAACGCCGAUGUCCGGGUUAUUCCGCUGCCAACUGGUGACGCUCCGGCUGGAGAGUUGGUGAUUUUGUCCGGAUGGCGCUCGGAUAUCCUCGAUGAAGUCCCCAACGACAUGAUGAUGGCCCGGAUGGUGACCAUCGACAACGCUGAGUGUGAGCAGAUGCACGAGGCCGGAGAUUCGCACGUGAAUAUCUACCCGACGAACGUUUAUGCCAGACCCCGGAUGGCAGGUUGCUACUGUAUCAUCGAUUCCGGAGCUCCGCUCGCUUCCGAGAACGACGUUCUGAUCGGUGUGUUUUCCAUCUCGGCCGGAUGUGGCCGAAUGCUGCCGGCUGUGUACUCCCGUGUGCACGCUUAUCGCGGAUGGAUCACCUCUGUGUCGGGAGUCUAAAAGCAACCGGAAUAACUCUGCCAACUGUUUAUCGGAUCGUAAUCUGACCCAACUACCACUUUUUCUAAAUUUUAAGAAAC